GAGGGGGGGGAGGUGCACGGGGCCUUGCUAGUCGGCCAAUCAGGUCGCGGCCCUCUCAGGCCGAGACGCCCACUAGCACUACUGCCUUUGGGUCAGUCCUACUCGCUCGCCGGCCCUUCAGAGACGAGGCUUCGAAGCUUGAACCUUCACCAGCUACAGUCUUAUAAGAGUGAUGCGCGUGACGGUGCUGUGCGGCGUGGUGGCGGUGCUGGUGGCGGCGGCCUCGACGUCCGGAGCCGCGGUGCCCAAGCCCCGGGACACCGAGGUUAUUGAUGGCCGCACGACGACCAUUGCCCUGGCCAUCGUGCACCAGCUCGUCGGCCUCAUCCCCAACGAGACGGUGCAGCAGCUGAUCAACGUCAUCAUCGACACCCUGACGCAGGAAGAGUUCGACUACUGGGGCGAGGUGAAGGACGAGGUGAUGCUGGUGGUCGGCCAGUACAUCAACGAACACAACAUGAACCAAGUCGAGGUGUACCAGGAGGACCUCGUCACCCUCUUGGACAGGUACAACCGGGCCCCCGUGGAGAGCGACUCCUACCCCGACAAGAACCAGCAGGCGGCGGCGCUCUCCACCUCCAUCAUCACGCACCGCUACCUGGUGGAGGCCGCCCUCCUGCCAGAAUCGAUGAUCCUCCACUUCGAAGAUAUUUCCUCCAUUCACGUCGUAGUGCUCAAGGACGCGGCCGAUACCUAUAGUUACGAGGGCAUGUCACCUUCCCGCUGGUGGGUGGACCUGGACGAGGAGCUGGAGCACUACAUCGCCUACGGGAGGAGUCUCAGGACCAGCUUGAGGGAGAAGCGCAUAGGCCUUGUUACCUGUGACGUGGAUCGUGCCGACAAGACCUGCUCUUCUUGCUAUGACACCUUCGUUGCCAGGGACGGCGUGACUGGAGAGGAAUCAGUUUGCAAGCAACUCCAUGGCAACACCGAGUGCGAGAGCCACUGUGACCUCUUCCUCCUCCACAAGGAAAGCGAAGUGGAUCAUUUCAUGUCCACCAAAGUAAAUGACGUCAUCAGUGGGUGGGAGGAGCUCAAGGAACUUGCCUCGUCCAACGCUGCUGCAGCCUCCAGGUAUUACGACCCUAAGCGGGCGCACUAAGCCACCAGUACCAACAAUGAGAGGACAGCCACAGCGAUGAAGCAGCAGGAAGGGUUUAUUCCAUCUCUGAUCUGUGCAGACUAAUAUUAAAAGACCAUGAAUGACAAGUUUGUUUGGAUGAACAAAAUCUUUCCCCUUUCAAGUCUUUUGAAAAGUAUUUUCACUACUGCUAUUAAUUUUCAUUACAUGUACUAGUGAAUAUGAAAUUAUAUUAAAGUGGACAAACUACAUGCCACUGUAGAGUGGAAUUGAUAAUGGCAGUUGCCUUCAUACCUAAAGUUUCCUUUCCUAGUAAUACAACAGUUUGGAAUAUUUCAUAUAUGUCAGCCGAUAUAUAUAUAUAUAUAUAUAUAUAUAUAUAUAUAUAUAUAUAUAUAUAUAUAUAUAUAUAUAUAUAUAUAUAUAUAUAUAUAUAUAUAUAUAUAUAUAUAUAUAUAUAUAUAUUCUUUCUGCAGCGCAUGUCACGAUAAUCACUUCCUGUAAUUCAAAUUACAUACAAGAAAAGUACUACAAACAUUAAUUUCCAUUCAACAACACAUCAGAGUUGAAAUGUCAAGUUCUACAGCUGCAUAAAUGUUUUGCAUUUGCCACCCAACUUCACCUUUAUCUUUAAUAUUUGUCAGAAAGGUGGUUCUUUACAUUACUUUAAUUAAAGACAAGAGUACAUCACAGUAUUGCUUGAUGAAAUGGCUGCACCGAAAUGCCAUGUUACAAUUGUCACUCCAGUUCUGUGAAGAAUAUGUACUGGGAAUUUAAAAUGAGCAAUAAUUUUUUUUUUAUUACCAGUGACAUGCAUAACGGUCUUUUAUCAUCUAAAUAUAUUUUCAUUCUAAGAGAACAACAAAAAUAAUAACUUAUAAAUUCCUUCAAAGAUGAAGUCUGGACGGUAGUAGUCCAGUGCCCCUUAACUUGCAUGAAACAGUUAUAAAGAUGAUUGAUUUCAGAAAUGUGUGAGCAUGUUACCUUUAUCUUCGGUAAUAAAGAAUGGAAACCA